AUGGCCGUUUUAGCAGCUAACAUGAAGGGGAUCCAAAAUGGUGGAAGCGUUGAAAGUAUCCCUAUGUCUAACAAGAAUUGCUCGACGAAAUCAUUCUUGAAUAUUGAGCCUGUCCGGUCCUCAGCCGAGAAGCUCGAUAAUUCUGUCUUUGCAGCAGCGGUUGAGAGCGACAUCUAUCAAAGUACUUCUCAAGUUCGACAAUGGCGAGUGGCUGACUGUGAUAACUUCAGCCGCCAACAAAUGUCUAUGGUACUAAAAUAUUAUCCUUUUGUUCAAGUUGUCUGUGAAGAACAAGGGCUGCUUUUGUAUCCUUCUGUUCUCGACCAAACACCCACAGGUCCUCAAGCCAAAGGUGGCGGUCUGUUGUUCCAGUCUUGGACGACCACAUACCACUUCAAGGAGUUUAAGAUAGAGAUUGAAGGUCGAGAGACGAGCUUGACGUUACCUUUGGCACACUGUAUCACUUUUAGUGACGAAGCAGGACCCGCCACUACCGAAGUGCGUCUCACAAUCUCAGCAUUCUUUAAAGGUGGUGCCGGCCUUUCUGGGGGUGUACCCAUUCCUUUCUUCGGUAUAGAAUCCGGAUUUGGUACUUCUGUCGGUACAACAGGUUCAGUUUACAUCAAUCAUGCUUGCAACAGGAAGACAGCCUCGGUAAGACCUUUCAUCUCUUUGAAGAAGUACGAACUGACCAUAAGGACGCGGGAGUGGAAAGUGAAGCCUAAUAGGAGGCAGUUCAUAGUAAGGCAAGAUUGGGAAGAAAACGAACUUACUGUCUUAAGUCGAAGAGCACCGGUAUUGUCUUGCGUUAGCGAGCUUUACGUUCCUGAUGUAUGCGGGUGGCCGUCUGCUCCGUUGGAGAUUUCGGCCAUUCAAUAA